AUGGAACAUGCAUCUGGUAAGGGUAAGAAAUCAGUUAGGAGGGAAAGUGCGGAAGUGGAUGUUGUUAACAAACGGGCGCGACAUUCGUCGGCGGGUGAGUCGUCGUCUGAAAUUUUUCGAAUUAACCGCAUGCCUGCUUUUAUGCACCCUUAUAUUGAAGCAACCAUUGAUGUCGAGAGUGACGGUAAUUGCGGAUACCGUGUCCUUGCUUUGGACAACAAACAUUCUGAACAUGAUUUUCAGUUGAUUAAGGAUGACAUGCUUAACGAGUUGAAGUUGCACAGGGAUGAGUACCUAAAUAUAUAUGGGGGUGAGAAACGUUUGGCUUAUAUAACAGAGGCGCUCUUACCAUCUAAGAGAAAGACUAGGAGGCACGGUGUUGCAUUGAUGGAAAAAUGGUUCACGUUCCCGGAUAUGGGACACGUCGCAGCUUGUAUUCUAGAUAGAGCCGUUGUAAAUCUGACAAAAGACAGAGAUUGUCUGACAUUUUUCCCGCUGCGUGGCAGCCCACCGGAAGACCCUUCUUCGCAUAUUGUUUGUGUUGGUUCGAUUCCCGGGCAUUAUUUCCAUGUGAAGUUGAAAGACGGAUGCCUGAUACCUCCGACGUGUCCUCAGUGGAGGAACCAUUGUUCUCCGAAGGCUGCUGUAAGGGAGUCGUAUUUUUUGGAUCGCCGGACCAAGUUUCAAGAACUUAUGAAAGCGGAAACGGGUGACAAAAAAGCGAAUGUCGCAGGCGGUUCUACGAUUGACGAUCCCCUCGUGCUAUGA